AUGUUAAUUCCCACGGGGUCUAGCAGAAGCUUGCCCAACCCGAACCCCUGUUUGAGCUAUUGGCAGCGAACAACGCGCGCCUAUCCGCAUUUGAGUGCCAAUAUCGACGCGGAAGUCCCAUCGGAAUCGAAAUAUGUGAUUGUGGGAUCUGGAAUUUCUGGUGGCUUGACUGCUUUCCAGUUACUUGAAGGAGGAGCGAAACCCGAGGAGAUUGUUAUUUUGGAGGCACGCGAGGCUGCGAGUGGCGCAAGCUCAAGGAAUGCCGGACAUGUGCGACCAGAUGCAUUCAGAGGAUUCAGUGCUUAUAGAAAGAUUCACGGAGACGAACAGGCAUUGAAAAUCAUCAAAGAUGAGCGACGAGUCCUACAAAAAGUCGACGAAUUUGUGAAAAGGCAUAAUGUGGAAUGCGACUUUAACCUGACGACAACCUUUGAUGUUUGCAUGACCCCUGAAUUUGCUACUUACGAGGCAGAGAGCCUGGCAGCGUUCAAGAAAGCAGGAGGUGACGCAUCACACGUCAAAUUCUACGAGGGUGAACAAGCACAGCAGGUAACUAGAGUCCCGAGGGCUGUGGCAGCCUACGAAUGGCCGGCAGGAUCGAGCCAUCCAGCAAAGCUUGCACAAUUUCUUCUGCAGACGGUGAUAUCCAAGGGCGCAAAGCUAUUCACCUUCUGUCCUGCCACGAAGAUUGAAGCAAAUGCUGCAUCUCCCGGACGAUGGGAUGUGCAUACACCUCGGGGAACCAUAGCAGCGGAAAAGAUUAUCCAUUGCACCAAUGCUCAUGCAGCCUUGUUACUGCCUCAGCUAGACGCCUGCAUCCGACCAAACCGUGCACAAGCCCACAGUCUAAUUCCCGUACCCGCUUUCUCGGGGGAAAAAGCCCUGCAGAAGACCUUCUCGCUCCGCUAUAGUCUUCACCAUUUCUACUCCCUGAUUCAACGCAAAGGAGAUGGCACGUUGGUGUUAGGCGUAUCGCGAUCCAAUCCGAGAAUGAGUCCCGAGACAAUUAAAAGUAUCCUUUCCACGGACGAUUCGCGAUACAAUGAAGAGAUUGCCCAGGAUGCUCUACAGAGCUUCGGUGAGAUGUUUCCCGAAUAUGGAUCCCACACUGCUGCGCACGGUGAAGGGCUGGACCAUGUCUGGACUGGAAUAAUUGCCAUGACUACCGACUCUGUGCCAUUUGUCGGAGCGAUUGACUCGCUCCCGGGGCAGUAUAUUUGUGCGGGUUUCAACGGACAUGGUAUGGCGCGGAUAUUCACAUGUGCACCGGCUGUCGCCCAACUGGUACUUGGUAAGACGUGGGAUGAGACGGGCCUACCGGAGUGUUUCCAAUUUAGCAACGAAAGACUGUCACGGCUCUCCGGUGGGGAUUUGCCUUCCAUUUGGUAG